UCCCCGCCUGACAAAAACAGCUCAGCUCUUCACAUGUCGUCUCUUCCUCUUCUCGCCUUUCAUUGCUCCUAUGCUCCCCGCCCGGAGGAACUGGUGCCGUUACCGGAUAUCUUGACGACAGGCAAACGGCUUCUUGUUCGUAAUGAGCGCAGCGUGUGUAGAAACUUUGAAAGGAGUCAGUAGCACGUCACAUUAGUAGUCCAUUGGCAUGAAAGGCACCAGCCCGUCGUUCGUGCCCACGGUUCUUCUCUUUACAAGCGACGGUCUUCAGGCUGUCCUCGGAGUCCCGGUCUCCGACGGUGACCCCCGCCUCUAGACCCGUUAACAGCACCCGGAAAUUAGUGAGGGGAUACCCACCACCAUGGCGAGCGGCGACUGUCGCAAAGAUGACUUUACCGAGGAAAACCGCGUGGACUCGGGCAUCGAGUCCUACCGCUCCAUGCUCAAGUCGGAGGAGCAGAGGACCGAACUCAGCGGUCCUCGGGACAAGUUUCCCCACGCGGAGGAGCGCUUGGAUUCGGCCUACGGCUCGGCAUCGCUCACGGUGGAGAGCCUGUCAGACAUAGUGGAGGGCUGCACUCUUGAGCGAGAAGCAGCGAACUCUGGACUCCCAGAACCGGAGGAGAACCUGAUCACAUCUAUAACUGAAGAUGGAGACACAAUCCUGCACUUGGCCAUCAUCCACGAGGAAGAAUUGAUCGCACAGCAGUUAAUCCAAAUAUUCCCCUCAGAAGUCCUGGACAUCCAGAACAAUUUGUACCAGAGCCCUUUGCAUCUGGCCACCUACCUGAACCUGGCAGAAGUAGUGAAGAGUCUGGUUGCCAAAAAGGUCAGCCUUGAGCUGCAGGACCAGGAUGGAAACACGGCGCUCCACGUCGCCUGCCACCACGGCCUGACGAUGUGCGCCACGGAGAUGACCAGUGAGAUUUCCCCCAGCAAGCUGGCGUUGGUCCUGGAAACCCAAAACUGGAGAGGUCUCGCCUGUCUGCACCUCGCCGCGCUCAACAGGCAACAGCAGAUUAUGAAGCUGUUGAUGAAAAAGGGCGCAGACCUGAAUAUCCAGGAAGGAACCAGCGGCAAAACGCCUCUCCACCUCGCCGUCGAGCAGCACGACGUUGCGUCGGUGAAGCUGCUGCUGAGCAGGGGGGCCAACGUGGACGCCGCCAUGUACAACGGAUGCACGCCGCUGCACCUGGCCGUGGGCAGGCAGGACGCCACCAUCGCCAACCUCCUUUGCCAGUCCGGCGCCGACACCAUGCUGCGGAACAUGGAGGACGAGACGGCGUUGGACCUGGCUGAUGGCAACAGUGAUAUUCUGGCUUUAUUUCCAUUUGAUGACAUUCAGAUCUCGGGGAGGUCAGUGGUUGGUGUGAACUUUUGAGCUGCAACGCAGACUCCGAAAGAUGACUCCGAGGAUCACGUCGGCUUCAACCAUUUGAACGGAACUGAACUAUUUGUAGUAUUUCUGAUUGAACCCGUAUUUAUAUGUACUAUAGGCACACAAUUGCUUCACAUAAACUUUAUGUCCCAGGACAAAGCUAAAGUGCAUUUCCGCUUCACCAUCUUCCAUUUGAACACUGAAAAAUCAAUACACCCGAUACACUCUGCUUGCUCCUUACUGUCACUUUCUAUCAGCACAUCCAUUCAAAUCUUUUCACACAUCUACCUCUUUCUCAUCAACAGUUUUGCUAGAAAUCGAGCUUAGUUUCCUGUUUCUCAAACAUCAUCAGAGCUAUAUUUUGCUGGGUUGCUUUAUUAAAAGUGUUUCAUUGUAGCUAUUACAAUGCUACGUAGCCCUAUAUGGAAUUGUAAUGUAUGACAUUAAAUUGUUUGGCGGUCAGAUUUCUGCUUUACUAUUUAGGGUUCAUUGCACUGGCCUGUUUAGAUGAUAAAAGCAAUUUUAUGCUCAUUUAUUUUGUAAUAAAAUGGAUUUUAAAAUGAUCACAUCACGUCCCGUG